ACUUUUUUUCCCAGAUGAAAGAAGAGGAAAUCAAAUUACUGUGAAACUUCAUUCCACGGGUUUGUAUUCGCAAUUUGGUGCCACAAAUUGUCUUUUCUUUCUUCCCCAAAUCCCAAAACUCCGUCGUGGGGGGUUCGUGUUUUUGGUUAAAUUCACAUCAAAAUUUGGCGACUUUUCAAACCCCUUAUUGACUUUUCCAUCGGGUCCUCCAUUCACCUCACCCUGAUCGAUCCGUGGGUUUGAUAUUCAGAGAAUAGCAUCAACUUUGAUCGCAAUCAAGUUGGUGCAUUUAAAAUCUGAGUGGGCAGGUUUAGGGUUGUUGUGAUUUGGGGAAAAAAAUGGAAUCGAGUCGAAGAGCGGUGGAAUCGUACUGGAGGUCGCGGUUGAUCGAUUCAGCUACGUCCGACGAAGAUAAAAUCACGCCCGUUUACAAAUUGGAGGAAAUCUGCGAACUUUUGCGCACUUCGCAUGUUAGUAUUGUGAAGGAGGUUUCGGAGUUUGUCUUAAAACGUUUGGAGCAUAAAAGCCCAAUUGUGAAACAGAAGGCUUUAAGAUUGAUAAAGUAUGCUGUUGCGAAGUCUGGUGUUGAGUUCAGAAGGGAAAUGCAGAGACAUUCAGUGGCAGUUCGUCAAUUGUUUCACUACAAGGGACAGUUGGAUCCUUUGAAAGGUGAUGCACUAAAUAAGGCUGUGAGAGACACUGCUCAUGAGGCUAUAUCUGCCAUAUUUUCAGAAGACAAUAAUAAGCCAGCACCUUCUGAAGAUCUAAACCGGCGGAUACAAGGGUUUGGGAAUACAAACUAUGAACCGCCAACAGAAGAUAAGAAAUCUUUUAUCAGUGAGGUUGUUGGUAUUGGAAGCGCUUCUAUUAAGCAAGGACUUAAUAGCUUAACACAGGGGCAUUCGCUAAUGAAGAAUAAUGAUCCUGGAAGCUACAAGAGUCCAAAUCUUCGAAGGUCGUUGACCAAUGAAGCAGAACACAGUGACAGAUAUGAACCGGUCGCAUAUCGCAAUGAAAGUCAAAGUAGUUUUGGAGUAUCAAAGAAUCAAUCAACUGGUCCUUGGAUUCAGGAUUCAAGAAUAAAUAAGGUGGAAACAACAAAUGGGGAAUCUGGUGCAAGUUCUGUAGAGAGUAAGACAAGAGAGGAAAAGUUGUUGGAGACAAUUGUAACUUCAGGAGGUGUUCGCCUGCAACCCACACGAGAUGCCAUUCAAGUUUUCCUAACAGAGGCUGCAAAAUUGGAUGCACUGGCUUUAUGUCAUGCCAUUGAACUAAAGCUCCAAUCUCCAAUUUGGCAGGUUCGCAUGAAAGCUGUUUGUGUCCUUGAGGCCAUCCUUAGAAAGAAGGAUGAUGAUCAUUUUUCACCGGUGGAAUAUUACUUCACUGAAAAUAAAGAUGUGGUGCUGAGAUGUUCUGAAUCUCCCCAAGCCUCUUUAAGGGAAAGGGCUAUGAAGGUUACUGGUCUUUUAGGUGGAGGCCAACCAAAUAGCUGGGCAAUUAAUUCAGAGAAGGCUGUAAAAACAGAAAAUGCUACUGUUGCUGAGUUGCCUGACUUGAUAGACACGGGUGAUUCAAAUGAUUAUCAUGGAACCAAUGACACUGUAAAGAGUACAGCUGAUCAAAAUAUAGCAAAUUUGACAUCAUCCAAUCCUCCAGUUGAUGAUUUAUUUGGAGAUUUUAGUGGCUCUAUUAGUGCUGUUCAAGAAUCAAAAAGUGAUGAUGAUCCUUUUGCUGAUGUGUCAUUUCACACUAGUGAGAACAAUGAACAUACAGAUGAUCUCUUUUCUGGGAUGUCUGUUGGUGGUGAUAAACAGGAUGAUCAUGAGAGUCACAGGCAGGGGAAUAUAAGUGAUCCUCAACUUAUUGACAUUUUUUCUUCCAAUUCUGAGCAAGAAAACCAUAAGGAGCUUGUUACUGAUUUAAUGUCUGGUCUGUCAAUGGAUGAAAAUACAUCAAGUAUGAAGCAGAAGGGAACAUCUCCUUCCCUGCAAUCUGAAUCUUUAUUUUCAGGUUUAAAUAACCACAUCGCUGACAAUACUUCAGGUGGCAUAUUGAACUCUCAGCCAGCGGGGUUCAAUGCAAAUCCCAUGUUUUCUACUGGUCCUCUGCCUUAUAAUUUACAGCCUGGUUUCAUGCUGAACCAACCCUAUUUGUCCCAGCCUCUUAAUUACGGUGCCAUGGGAACUCUUUUGGCCCAGCAGCAACUCUUAGCUACAAUGGCUAAUUUCCAACACCUUAGUAAUGUCAAUGCGCGAGAUGAUGGUUUUGCUCAAAUGGCUGGACCCAAUGGAAGUUCACCUUUGCCAGACAUAUUUCAACCAAAUUUGCAAACUCAAACACCUACCUCAAUGAUCAACACUUCAAAGAAAGAAGAAACUAAAGCAUUUGACUUUAUCUCGGAUCAUAUUGCCUCCGCACGUGAUUCAAGGAGAAUGAUUUAAACUAUCGAUCUUGUGCUGUUGUGGAUGAUAUUUACGGUGUGGAAUUGCUCGGUUGACUUUAAUAGAACAAACGUUUUAUAGUUCCUUACCUGUGCAAAAAGUUGGUUUUCUCUUGCCAUGAUGGAGCAUUAUAAAUGAGAAUUCUACAUGUCCAUGUUGAUAACAAAGUAAUAAAAUGAGAAUACAUUUUGGACAUGGAAGAAGAGAUUCAAAAUGGUUGUUUUUUGUCAUUUAAUUAGAUUUUAGCAUGGGAAUGUUGUGUAGAAUGCUUUAUUUUCACGAGUAUGUUGCGUUUGUAGUCAAUGGUUGAGAUUUUGCAACUGUAAUUCAGGCGUCAAGUAAAACACAACUCAGAUUUUGCAAAUGUCUAUUCAUAUUUAUUGGUGUCAA